AUGUCUGAGAUUUUAUCUUCGUUGAGGUCACUGAUGGCCUCUCACUCUCCUCCUCUCGACGCUUUGGUUGUCCCUUCCGAAGAUUAUCACCAGAGUGAGUAUGUUUCUGCGCGAGACAAACGCCGCGAGUUCGUGUCUGGAUUCACUGGAAGUGCAGGUUUGGCACUGAUCACAAAGAGUGAAGCAAGGCUAUGGACAGAUGGACGCUACUUCUUGCAAGCAAUGCAACAGCUUAGCGACGAAUGGACACUAAUGCGAAUGGGAGAAGAUCCUCUUGUUGAAGUUUGGAUGUCAGAUAAUCUAUCCGAAGAGGCAAAUAUAGGUGUUGAUCCAUGGUGUGUCUCAGUAGACACAGCCAACAGAUGGGGGAAAUCAUUCGCCAAGAAAGAUCAGAAGCUAAUUCCGACAACAACUGAUCUUGUAGACCAAGUCUGGAAAAACCGUCCUCAAUCUGAGAUGAGUCCUGUUGUUGUCCAUCCGUUGGAGUUUGCAGGCUGUUCUGUUUCAGACAAAUUAGUAGAUCUGCGAGGAAAGCUAAAGCAAGAGAACGCGCGUGGUUUGGUCAUCGCUGCUCUUGAUGAGGUUGCUUGGCUAUACAACAUCCGUGGAACUGAUGUUGAUUACUGUCCCGUUGCUCAUGCGUUUGCGAUUGUUACAACCGACUCUGCGUUCCUCUAUGUUGACAAAAAGAAAGUAUCUGAUGAGGCAAAUGGUUAUUUCAAGGGACUUGGUGUAGAAGUCCGGGAGUACAACGAUGUGAUCUCAGAUGUGGCCUUGCUUGCUUCGAAUCGUCUUUUUUCAUCUUUUUCCUCUAAAAGUGGUGCAAAGGAUAUGGAGAUUGAUUCUGAGAAGACUGAUCGGUUGUGGGUGGAUCCUGCUUCGUGUUGCUAUGCUCUUUAUUCUAAAUUGGAUGCGGAUAAGGUUCUUCUGCAACCGUCUCCUAUAUCCCUCUCAAAAGCCUUGAAGAACCCGGUUGAGCUCGAGGGACUCAAGAAGUGUCAUGUUCGUGAUGGUGCAGCUGUUGUUCAGUUCCUUGUUUGGCUCGAUAAACAGAUGCAGGAGCACUAUGGAGCAUCUGGAUACUUUUUGGAAGCAGAGUCAAACAAAAAGAAACCAACUGAGACAUCAUCUAAGCUUACCGAAGUGACUGUGAGUGAUAAGCUGGAAAGUCUCCGAGCUGCCAAAGAGCAUUUUAGAGGUUUAAGCUUUCCUACUAUAUCAUCUGUUGGUUCGAACGCUGCCAUUAUUCAUUAUUCACCAGAGCCAGAAGCUUGUGCUGAGAUGGACCCUGACAAAAUUUACUUAUGUGAUUCAGGAGCACAGUAUCUCGAUGGAACAACUGAUAUAACCCGAACGGUUCACUUUGGGAAACCUUCAGCUCAUGAAAAGGAUUGUUACACUGCGGUGCUCAAGGGUCAUGUUGCACUUGGAAAUGCUCGGUUUCCUAAAGGCACAAACGGUUAUACACUUGAUAUUCUUGCUCGAGCUCCUUUGUGGAAGUAUGGCUUGGAUUAUCGACAUGGUACUGGUCAUGGAGUCGGCUCUUACCUUUGUGUUCAUGAAGGACCUCACCAAGUUAGUUUCAGACCGAGUGCUAGGAAUGUACCUCUUCAAGCUACCAUGACCGUCACAGAUGAACCUGGUUACUAUGAAGAUGGGAACUUUGGUAUUAGGUUGGAGAAUGUUCUUGUUGUCAACGAUGCUGAAACCGAAUUCAAUUUUGGUGACAAGGGCUACUUGCAAUUUGAGCAUAUUACUUGGGCACCAUAUCAAGUGAAACUUAUCGAUCUAGACCAGUUGACUCGGGAGGAGAUCGAUUGGCUUAACACAUACCAUUCGAAAUGCAAAGACAUCUUGGCCCCUUUCUUGAACCAAACCGAAUUGGAUUGGCUCAAGAAAGCUACACAGCCUGUGAGUGUAUCGGUUUAA